AUGCGCCACGGCCUGUUUGAGCGAUGUACCCAGAUCGUCAUUCUACUAAAUGGCCUCCUCUCCUACACCAGCAACACUAUCUUGAUCUAUACGAUCUUAAAGUAUAGCAAGCCGCAUAUGGGGACUUAUAAGCAUUUGAUGAUUAUUUUUGUGUGCUUUAACAUGCUAUAUUCGUCCAUCCAUAUCAUUGUCAUGCCGGAUCAAAUGAGGAAGGCCGCAUGGGAUAACUAUCGAUUGGAUGUCGAUAAAACGGCCAUAAUGGGACCGAUGUAUAAAGAUGAAAUGAGAAAGGCGCUUUGGGACAAUUAUGAGGUGGAUUUGGAGCGGACGGCAAUACUGGGACCGAUGUAUCGGAACAGAAACGAAGAGGGUAUUUAUGUGUGGCAUAUGAAUGGAGUCUACGGCCUUUUGGUUUGCCAGGGAAUUUUAUCCACCAGCAUUUCUGUUAUCCUAUUUUGUAGCUAUCGCAUACACUGGACUUUAAAGAACAGCUCGAUGAGCGCAAAAACCAGAAAAUUGCAAGAAGAGCUUUUCCGAGCGUUGAUUAUUCAGACCGUCGUCCCUGGAUUUUUCGAAUACAUCCCAUGUGCCGUCACCUUUUGGACCCCAAUGUUCCAUAUUCCCCGGGGCCUCGAAUACGAGGUCCACCAUCGAGUCGACAACCGCGGCAUAACGAUCGUUAAUGAGUUU